UUUUUUUUUUUCUUUUCUUUUCUUUUCUUUCUUUUCAAACACGCAUACACAAAUAGCUCUCUCUCUCUCUUAGAUUUCCACAAUAAAUGGCUGCCAACGGCGACGUUCCUCCUCAUAUCGCUCAACAGCGUCAGCUGUACCAUGCAGCCCUUCAGAAGCAAAACGGAGGUGGUGGAUAUUCGCCUUCUGCUACCAAUGUAAACGCCUAUAGUGGCUACGCACAACAACCUCCACAGAACCAACAGGGAUAUUAUCAGCAACAAGAUCCCUAUGGCGGCCAACAAUAUCAUCAGCAAUACCAGCAACAACAGCAGCCAUAUGACCAAUAUGGUGGCCAGCAGCAACAGUAUUACCAGCAGCAGCAGCAAUACCAACAGUAUCAGGACCCACAACACCAACAGUAUCAACAACCGCCGUACCAACAGCAUCAGCAACAACAGCAUCAGCAAUCACCUGUUGGAGUCCCUGCCACGGUCUCAAUUCAGCCUCUCUCUUACAACAGGAACAGCAGCGGCAGUGCUACUGCUGCCCAACAACAGCAAUCACCACCACAACAGCAACAACAACAACAACAUCCUGCUGUUCCUACCCAGACACAGAUCCGACCUCCUGCUCCCACUUUGGGUGGUGAAUAUCCUCUUCUGGUCGCUAUUGAUUUUGGAACAACAUUCUCGGGAGUGGCAUAUGCAUUCAAAUCGAAUGGAGAUGUUAUUGAGAUGACUACAUGGCCUCAGCAGGCUAACUUGUACGGAAAAGUACCGACUGUGAGUGCAUACAGUAAAGAGAAUGACAAGAUGCAUUCAUGGGGUUAUGCAGCCAAGGCAGCCAUGUUGACGCCUGCUAGUCGCAACCUGGAUCUCCUUCAAAAGUUCAAGUUGUUCCUUGAUAAUGAUUUGGCACCUUAUCUGCCACCUUUACCCAGGACUAUCAACCCUCAGAACGCCAUCAGCGAUUAUUUGCGAGCACUCCACACUCAUGCCAUCGGUGAAAUCUUCAAGAACACAGCUGGAGGCGUGGUCUUUGACCAGUCCCAUAUUCAAUACUGUCUUACAGUCCCUGCCAUGUGGACAGACGCUGCCAAGGGUGUGAUGCGUCAAACAGCUAUUCAGGCAGGAUUGAUUCAACCCAGCGAUCCAGCUCACCGUCUGCUCUUGGUAUCGGAACCCGAAGCUGCAGCCAUGUAUUGUGAAAAGAAAUGUGAGCAGUUCAAUUUGCGUCAUGGAGACCGAUUCAUGAUUUGCGAUGCUGGAGGUGGUACGGUUGAUUUGAUUGUCUUUCAGGUUGAUUAUAGUACGGGAUCGCGUCGCUUAGUGGAGGUCACCCGUGGAUCAGGUGCCAGCUGUGGAUCAGGGUUCUUGGAUGAAAACUUCUCAAUGUUGGUCCGUCAAAAGUUGCAGCGGUACGACCUACAACCCAAGGCAUGGGCUCAGAUUAUGGAAGAGUUUGUGUUCAUGCAUAAGCCCCAAUUUGAUGGUGAUGACGAUGCGUUCAUUUCGAUGCCAGCAUCUGUUGCCAACUUGGUGGAUUUGGAAAUGAGACUCGAGGAUGGUCUGUUGGCGAUUUCAGCACAGGAGAUGCGAGAGUUGGUCUUUGACCCCGUUGUGAAUCAGGUCCUGGGUCUGAUUGAUGGACAACUAAACCAAUCACAGCAGUGCUCUGCCAUCUUCUUGGUCGGUGGUUUUGGUUCUUCGCCAUACUUGCAUAAGCGUGUUCAGCAAGAGUUUGAGAAUCGUGUACCCUUGAUUCGUUACCCUCCACGUCCAGAUCUGGCUGUGGUUCGUGGUGCGGUCUACCAUGGAUUGACCCACCAGCCCGUCCAGGCUCGUGUGGCCCGUCGUUGGUAUGGUGUCGACACCACACGCCCUUACAAGGCAGGCGAUCCUGUAGAGAAAAAAUAUAUGCAGGAUGGCAAGUAUCGUGUCCGAGACGGAUUCUCGGUUUUUGUUCGCCCAGGUCAGUCGAUUGGUGUGGAUGAAUGUAUUAGUAAAAAAUACAUCACUCACAAGUACCCAGAGCCAUUGUCAUCACCAUUGUAUGUCUACAAUGGAGAGGAUCAACCAGAGUUUGUGGAUUCGCCUGGAGUCCAAAAGCUGUGUGACUUUACGAUCCCAUUGCCCCAUAUGCCUGGUGCUGCACCUGGAACGCCUGUUAUUUUCACAUUGAGGAUGUAUUUUGGAUUGACGGAGCUGAGGGCGGAGGCAGAAUUCCAGUCAGGAGAGGUUAUUUCCACUUUGUGUCAGUUCUAAAAAAA